UCUGCUCUCAUUACUCUCUCUUUUCUCUUUCUCUUCAUACAAGGAAUCAAUUACUCUCUUCACGUUUUCUUCUUCUUCUUCUUCUUCUUCUUCUUCUUCUCUCUGCCAUUUCCUAUUCUUCAAUCAUCACCAUGAUCAUCGAUUUAGCCACCUUCCAUUGCAGCUUUUGAAUGUUCCCCGUAAACACAACCAAACUACCCCACCUAACAACUAUUCACCUUCAUCAUUUCCAUUUCACCCGUGCUCUCUUCCUUCCAAUUUAUUACAUUGAAAGAUGAUAAGGAGAGAACGCAGAUUCUUAAACGAGUCUGAAAACCCCUCAUUCUCCUCCACCCUGCUUGACCAGAUUUACCGUUCCAUUGAUCAAGGAGAUUCUGACAUGAAGUUCUACACAGGGAAAACAGGGGAAAAACAGAGCAGGGUGUGUGUAACAGAGGAGCAUUUGUCGGCAAAAUCGAGUGUUUCUCGUGAUUGGAAAGCAAACAAUGUAGUUGGAACUCAAGGGAGGCAGAGGAUGAUGCAGAAGGAAAGAAAUUUCCAUCUGGGUCGUCAAGUUCAUGUUCAUGACCAAGAUGCUCUGUUUUUCAGCUCUACUUCGAGUUCUUCAGAUUCAAGUUCGGGGUUGCUGUCGUCCUCGUCCCCAGAUAUUGAAACCUUGUACGGAGUGAGAUCAAGAGGUUCGUGUUUCGCUCCGGCGAGGCCUAAGCCGGUUAGAACCACCGUGCCGGAGAAGAAGCACGUAGAGAGACAGAGACACAUUGUGAGUGACGAUGAUGAUGGUUUGAUCAAGUCGAAAUCGAGGGCGUUGAAGAUUUACAACAACCUGAAGAAGGUGAAGCAACCGAUCUCACCAGGGGGGAAACUCACGAGUUUUCUGAACUCUCUGUUUACUACAGGGAACAGCAACAACACGAAGAAAACCAAGCCCUGUUUUGAAGAUGCGAACGCUUUGAGAAAAACAGAGUCAGGACAAGCUUCUACUUGCUCCUCUGCUUCCUCUUUUGCUCGCUCUUGUUUGAGUAAGAAUUCACCUUCCACCAGAGAAAAAUUGCGGAACAAUGGGGUUAAGAGGACGGUGCGUUUCUACCCUGUGAGCGUGAUUGUGGAUGAAGAUUCUCGACCCUGUGGGCACAAGUCCUUGUAUGAAACAGAGGAUGCGAGGCUAAUGGCUAUGUCGGUGCCAACCGCGUGGAAAAUUGGAACGAAGAAGAAUGUUGAAGAGGUCAAGGACAAGAAAAACAGGGCAAUGGAAGAGGCUGCUAGAGAGAUUUUGGAAGAGUACCAUCAUAUCCAGAGGAAGAGCGAUUUGGUUUUGAGAAGAAACUUGGAGGAUGAAAUUGAAGAUGAUGAUGAGGAUGAUGCAGCGAGUUGUUCAAGUUCGGAUCUGUUCGAGCUUGAUCACCUGCAUGAGGAGCUGCCUGUGUAUGAGACUACUCGUGUUGGUACUAAUCGUGCCAUUGCUAAUCGUUUCAUAAUGUAAUUCUGUUAGAACCAUAGAUUAUAUAAUCAAAGUGUUUUUCCUAGUGUUUUUGUUCCUAAUUAUGUAUGAAUUCUAACUAAUUGUUUGGUUAAGAUACUAAAUAUAUACACCCUGAUUUGCUUGAA